CAAGCAUCGGUACAGUGAGUGGCGUGGUCUUGGGGAGCCGCAUGUUUUCUAGGAAGACGAGUUCGUGUACUCAAGAAUGAAACUGAGAAGGACAUCGAAGGAUCUGAGUAAGAAGGCACAAAGGAGAUACUGAACUUCGAUAGAACUGCCGAGAUUACCCAACAAAAAGCUUUGAAACCUGGCUCAGCUUUGCAGAAUUUUUGUAGUUUCGGUAGUUCACUUCUGAGGCGACAGCUCGCCGUCUGGAAAUCCACGUUUCUGGUACCUGGAGCAGCAGGGUGGUCCCGGAUGCUGAGUCCAGGAGCACGCGGCCCCGCAAGCGGACGAUUGCUGCAGCCCCAAGCUGGCGCCACGAGUUACCCGACUACGGAGAAGGGCGCAAGGCGUCCCAAAUGCGCCCGUUGCAGGAAUCAUGGCAUGAUUAGCUGGUUGAAGGGCCACAAGCGGCAAUGUCGCUUCAAGUCUUGCGUCUGUGCAAAAUGCAACCUUAUAGCGGAGAGACAGCGGGUCAUGGCGGCUCAGGUAGCGUUAAAGCGGCAGCAAGCGGCUGAAGACGCGAUUGCCCUGGGUCUGACAGCGGUUGCUACUGGUACACAGUAUGGCUAUCUGCCCCCAGGGCCAAUCUUCGGCAUGGCAAUCACCGCCCCUAAAAGCCAAGAUCAGGGCACGUCCGGGCAAGAAGAUGUUGCUCUCGACUCACCAUCUCUGUCACCGGUUCCCCUAGGGACUUGCCAUGAAGAACCAGAAGCAGGCGAUCCUGGAUCAGGGGGCUCCAACAUGGAUCCGUUGCGAACCCUCACAGACACCGACAAUCCUCUCUCCGAAACCGAAAAGCCACAAUCGGACACCGAAGAGAACCGGUCAAGGCUCUCCGCCCCAGUUAUUUCUCCCAAACUUGUUGUCAACCAGAACAGUAAAACAACACUGUCUCCUAGUUCACUGGAAAUGUUGACUCGGCUGUUCCCCAACAAAAAGCGUUCAGUUCUGGAACUAGUGUUACGACGAUGUGGCGAUGAUCUUUUGAAGGCAAUAGAAGAAAUAGUUCCAAGAGAGGGAUGUCAUAACAUUGCCAGCGGAAGUGCAAAUAUUCAAGGCAGCAAUGCCUUACAUCAGUAUUUAGCAUCGUACAAAGCAGCCGUCGGCUGUGAAGGCACAAAAGAAGAGUUUAGACGCGCAGAAAUAGCGAAUUCACCCAGAUCUUCCUCAACUGUACUUAAGUCAGCCUUCAAACCGGUUUCACCUUCCACAUCUCUAAGUAUGAGUUCCAGUACUUCAUCAGUUAUCGGCUUCGGUCAGCACGGUAACUCAACCCCUUCUCCGGAAUUCUUUGUUGGGAAUUCAACGAUGUUGUCACCACCAACAGCUCACCAAAGUAGUCUGCCGUUUGCAGCCACGAUGUCUUCCCUCUUGGCGCUGCAGAAUCACCAAAGUAGCAACUCCACGACCAACCGACUCAUGUCCACUAUGUUUUAUCCACCAUCUGACCUUUUGUUUCAAGCUCCGCAUCUUCCUUUCGCGCAUUCUGCGGCAUUAUUCACGAAUUCAUUGUCACCAUCAUUUUACAUGACGGGCGCUGCCGAGACGGCAGAACAGCAGUUCUUCAACCCAUAUCGAAACACGGGGGCCUCUGGUUCGAGUACAGAUCUGUGUUGCAAUGUUCCUGGUUGUGAUGAGUGUAGCGGUGACAAUGGAGGUGUCCACCAUCAGGGAAGGAAAUCAUAUUCCAAGAUGUCUGUAAAUUAAAAAUACGAAUGUAAUACAAUGACGUCGUUCUAGGUGUAGAGCAUUGUUAUCCACUGCAGUGUUUUGCAUAGUUAAGUGCAUUCGGAGUAAAAUUUCCAGUAACUUUUUUAAGAAGCGAUUUUAAAUUUGGUGAAAUCUUGCUGUAUUUGAAGUUUUCACAAUAAUUGUUGCGAAGAGUAUUGUAUACUUGGUUGUAACGCCGUGUAGACCGAAAAUCCAACGUUUUGCUAGAACAUAUUGCCUCCAUCUUCAAUGUAAGGAAAUUAAGAUAAGGAAAAAACCAGCAAGAAGCAGGUGGCAAUCAGAGUGGUAAGAAGUCCACGGAACUUUUGAGCAAUGAUUUAUUAAAUUCUGUAAUAUAAUAGCAAAUUAAAUUCGUACUCAGGGUGUCUGGAACGUCUGACUUCAAAUAAGUACAAUUGUUAGCUUGCAUGUGCACCUAAUUUCACCUUAUAGAAAGAAUGUUGAUGCCUACAGAUUAAGAGUUGUACGUACAAUUAUAGUAUAUAUAUUUGAGAUACUCUCAGGCUUUUACAUUCAUUUAUACAAAUUAAUAUAUUAAAUUGAAAGACUGCAAAGAUGUUUAAAAUAGAUUAACUUUACGUCAGGUAAUAGAAAUUUCAACUUCAAUUCUGCAACGGUAUGUGGAAAAAGUCAGUGUUUUACUCCUGAGUUAAUUUGCAUUUUUCAUUGUACGAAUUACUAUAAACUAAGUUUCUGGACUUAGGUACGAACAUAAUGUUGUUGCAGCUGAGUAUUUAUUAUAUAUUUCGUAUCUCCGAUGUUAAUAGUAGCAACUGGUAUCCACCACGGAAUUGGUAUAUCUACCAGCCACUCCAGGGUUCUGACUACUCGAGGUUCCAUCCCAAAAGCAAAGGAAAAUAAAGGAAUGGAUUCCAGUAGUCUGUAACGACAGCUGAUCAUUCAGUCCAUGGUUUCUUAAACUGCAUCCGCAGCCGAAAAACCAUUUCGCGAAUACUUUCGUGACUGUACAGAGACACUUUGUAUUUUACUGUAGGUGUACAGAAGAUGUAAACUUAUUUAGGCUGCUGCUGUUGUCGCACUGUCUGGCAUGGUUUUGUAGCAAUUCACGUAACUGCAUUUUUCUGUGACCUGAAAACAUGGGAAUGUCGAAUCACUUAAAUACGCAUACUACUGCAAGGGGGGGGGGCGCACAGUCACAUUAACACUGUAUAGCACUAAUGACGGGAGCAGGACAAAUUUCCAGACCCUCUUGUGUGGUAAAUGUACCCGAGAAUGUGGACAGUUUCAAUUUCAAUCUGUAGUUUCUGAAUAUGUUAAUGUUUCUCAACCAACGGUUUGUGUAUGUAAUAACACACAAAACGCCAUUAAGCUCUUUCCUGUGAGAAGUAACUAAUAUUAUUGCGUACUAGCAAUGAACGCUUGAUUUUCUGAAAUUUCAUUCCUGUCAAAGAUUUGGCUGCCAGAAAAGGAGAAAGCAACAGGAAAUGCAAGUGUUGGCAUUACUGCCCACUGUCAUGCUCUUGGCUUUCUUAACCUCCGUACUGCAUUCCAGCGAGUGACUGCCCUUACGUGCUGACCACUGUAACACAGGCAACAGGUGAGCUUCGGUGACGAACAGGGAACGGGUUUUCUCUCUCUCUGGAAAGCGAAUCUUGAUUCCGUGGUCGACCAGCCCAUAGUCCAGUCACUACAGCGACUGAGUUAAAAGGGAUAAUAAAAUAAAAUGUAGCCUAGAUAGUUUAACUUCAGAAUCCUUCCUAAGUUUAACGAAAUACCAUGCCAUGAAGACGUAUGAAGGGCGAACUGUGAGAUGCCAGAUUGCUGCCGCCACUGUUUUCCUGUCGGUGAAAGCGCCUUCGGUGGCCAUUGAGGGGCAGGAGGCUGUACGGGCCCUAGGGCUGCUCUGGACAAAAUGGUUGUGAUAAAAAUAAGUAAAACUGCUGGGAAUCAAAUCUCAACUUCUCUGUCUUCCUGCCCGUAGCUUAGUCACUGUAUCACCUGAGCUAUCCAAGCUCUGACGUUGAAGAGAGAAGAAUGGUUUAGGAGUAUGACGAUAUGCAGGUCAGUGACAGAUAGGAAGGUGGAUAAUUUUUAUGUUAAAUUAUCGUGACAUCUGGUUUGAGGUACAGACUAUUUACACUGUUUCAGUAGUCGAGAUUAUAUUCUGUUGAAAGAGAUGAGAGUUUGACCAACCACGUCCAGCCCUACUGCAGUCUCUGUAACGCUUUAGCUGUAGAGGGCCUUAAAAGUAAGUGACAGCCAGUACCUUUGUAAUAGUUACAAGGAAAAUGUAAUUUGGAGGACAAACUUUUCCUUAAGAAUGUAGAGUAUAACGAAAUAAAUUAACCUAUAACCUAAAGCUUAACGCACAGACACUGUCUGAGGUUACUUCUUUCUAAUGAACACAAUAGACUAGAUGUCUCCCUCCCACAUGAGGACGGAAAUAGGACCAGAUUACGAAACGCUGUGUUCUCUGGUUUUUACAAUGCCGAACGUUAGUCAGUGUCCAAAAACCCAGUAAUUGUAAGCGUUACACACCAUCGUCAGAAUCCUUUAGAUUCUACACAGAAGAAUAUUUGAUAAGUUUAAAUAUUACCAGAGAACAAGGAUAGUUCAGAAAGUAUAGAGAAGGGAUGAGGGUUUGGAUUACUUGCAGGGCGACAUUUCCCUUCUCCAUAAAGUCCAUAUCGCUUCUGAGUCCCACUUGAACUCCUAUGCAAUGGGUAACGGGGGGUGUUUCUCCAGUGCUAAAGCGGCAGGGGCGUGAAGCUGACCGCUCACCUCUAUUCAGUGGCAAGGUCAAUUAUGUCGGAGAUAUAGUUCACUCCCCGUACUUCUUCAUGGCAUGACACAUAAGGAGUGCAACGGACCUGACUCUCUGGACACAUUGUCAACAGUUGCAGCGCAAAGGUCGGAAAUGUUGAACAGAGAACAGAAAUACGGUAUGCGAAGUUUGAGGUUUUCAGGACUGUGACUAUGAGGGUUACUAUCUUCUGGGUUGUGACCCCGUGUAAUCUGGUAGAUUGUUGAUAAAUUUCGGAAGGAUGUUCCACCUGUGUCCUGAGGACACAAACCAGAGGGGAUAUGAUCCGCAGAAUUUCUGCCGUUAGCACCUAAAAUUUGACAUAGAAUGAGUCCAUGCAAAAUCUACCCUGUAUGCAGUUCGCAGGUUCGUAAACCCUUCGUUACAGAAAAGGUAAAAUUACUCUCCUGUUCUGAUGAUGGAGGCAGUAGAAUCUAUGUUCCUUCGAAACGCGGCAGAGACGAGACUUGCUGACACAUCCCGGAGGAGAGAAACUUUCAAUAUUGUCGCGUCUCCUGGUAACGCAACAAGAGAAUAACGGGUUCCGGCUUAGGCGAAGCUGUUUAUUGGAGAAGUCGUUUACAAUUACAAUUGCAGUUACUCUGAAAUAGCGUCUUCCAGACGAUGCGACCUGACUAGUCCGUCGCCUCUCACGUUUCGUCUUCUGGUUCUUGGCUGAGCUGGUUUCUUCCGCUCUCAGCUCUGCUCCGUUUGCCUCUGUUCUGGUCUCCGCUCUGGUCUGGUCAAGUCAAGUCAAGUCAAAGUCAAAUUCACAUUGCGACUGACGAUCAGUCAUUCAGUAAGUCUUGGUUUUGAACCCCAUCUGCGGCUCAUGACCAGAAAUUUAUUAUUGUUUCACAGUUACGGUUUUGUUUUCUUACGACGCCCUUUCUGACGAGA